AUGUCUAGGCUAUGUGUACGAAACAGUUCAUUGAUUUUCAGACGACCCUUUAGUAUUGAUCAAGUGGUGAAAGCAAUUGUCCAUCCCAAAGGUGAAGAUCAACAACAACAGCAAUCUCAGCCAUUACCAUCUCAAUUAGAGAUCCCUCCAAGGACAGUUCCGUUCCCUACGUUUACCGUUCCAGAUGACGUAGAAACGACCCAACAAGCAACUACAAAUCCCAGCAUUACCAAGAAACAAAGAGAUGACUUAUCGUUUCAUCUACUGCGAUACAUCAUUAACACUCGACCUCAAGUGGAUCUUGGGACCGUUAAUGAUUGGAUACACUCACAAGUGACCAAGUUCCAGCAUCAAAUAUCUCCCAGUCAAUUUCCCAAGAGCAAGCAGGAGCUUCUCCGGUUCUAUCGUGAAGACAGUAAGACCCAGUCCAUGUCACUGAGCUGGAAGUCAUGGUGGUCUAUAACGAACAGUGACAAGUACUCAUAUGGGCUCUAUGAUUCGUUCAGUGGUGUGAAGUCAACACCAAAAGAGAAGGUGUAUAGUUUUGAGCUUCCAUUUGUUGAUAAUCCCGAUAUGCUUGUUGAAGUAGACACAGAUUACCAGUUGAAGAGGCUAGGUAAUCUAGCCACACUAAAGUUUGGUGGUGGUAAAGGUCGAUACCUCGCUAGCUCUGCCAAUAGUAAGAAGGUUGUAGCAUUUAAUUAUGGGUGGAAUAAUAUCACCAAAAUUGGGUUGAGGCGGACGAUGGGGGUUCUCUCGUUAGAGAAGUCUGAUGAAGAGUUACGUCAAUGGUGGAGAUCAUUAGGUCCAGUCAAAUCUCAUAAAUUACAACCGGUGACCUUAAAGCAUCAUGCACAAUUUCCUACUGAACUUGCAUCAUUAACCAUUGAUGAAGACUUAAUUGCUAAGAUACAGAUGAUACCUUGGUUUGAAGUGGAAGUGAUUGGAGAACACUUUUUAAAUCUAGUAGGAGCUAAAUACACUGCUAUGAAUCCACGACAAUCACUUGAGGUCUUUAAGCAUAAUGUUACUGACUUUAUCACUACGAAAUUACAGUCCAACGAUAUCAAAUUGCCUAUAGAGACACACCAGAACAGAGCAACAGCAAUGGCCUAUAUUGCACUUUGUUCUCUUCAAGAUCCACAACUCACGGAGGAUUUCCUUAAACAAUUUAUAAAUGUUGUUGAUCAUGAUGUGUGGCCAGAAAGGAUAAAAUGGACCAUGUACGAGAAUCAGCUUCCAAUUUAUAAUAUGAAAGGCAUUAAAGAUAUUGAAUCAAUAUUCAGAUUACCUCCGAUUCCAAGAACGAGUGUUGCUUCAACAUUAAUGACUAACAAGAACACUGUAAAUAAAUCAAGAUAUAAAGCGUUACUUGAAGAUGGGUAUUCUUUAGGGCAUUCCAGUUAUGAAUUCAAUUUACGGCGUUUUUUGAUUCAAAAUCUCCCAUUAGAAACCAUUGAGUUGAACUUCCCACGAUUACUAGCCUUGUUUAGACAUCAUUUGUUCUAUCGUCAUGUUAUAAGGGAACAAUUUGAAAGAAUUGAAGCAAAAGAGUAUCGAAAACUAUUGAUAAAACAUAGAUUUGAAGGUGGAGUGAUACCUGCACAGUUUAUGCAAAUCAUGGCAAUACUUACUCUUUACGAUAACCAAGUACCUAAUUGGCUUAAUCAAUUCAUACCUAUUAUGUGUGAGUUGUAUGGUACUCUUUCAGAAACUGAUAGCAACUUAUUGAACAAAGAGUUGCUUCAAGAGUUUAAGAAUGAACCAUACAUUUUAUCUACUUGGUCAUUGAAUAAUGUUGGCUCUGCUACUCCUGUUACACAACAAUUUGAAAGAAAUAUUGAUGGAAUAGCAAGAGAGACUUAUAAGUGUUCACUUUCAAAUGAACGGUUACGUCAAUUGGGAAAACUGUACUGGGAAGUCAUGGGAUUGAUUUUAAACAUGAAAUUAGACAUUAGUGGUUUUGUUGAGUCUAAUAAGGAGGUCUCUCUUCUUUUAAACGAUACACUCUUGACUAAAAUUGGACAUAUUUUGCAAGAUGAACUGAAGCCAGAUACUUUAAUAGGUCAAUGUCUAUCUGUUGAUGAUAAGGUUGCGUUAAAUGGCAUUUCAACUACAUAUUUGGAGUCAUGUAUUGGCCAUAAGUUUGAAUUGUAUGAUCCAAGUAUAAGACAAUUUGGAGACAUUGGAAAUGAAGUCAUCACUGAUACACAAGAUAUUUUAAGCAUCCCAGUCAUUGCACACACACCACCAUUAUCUACGCUCCUACAAGUGAACUACAACAUUUCAAGAGAUUACCUCAAGGCCACAACCAAACUGUCGAUCAAGCAAUGUCUCCAGAUGGGAGACAUUAUUAGUAAAAUGAGUUCAUUUGGGGAAGCGUAUCUUCGAUACCGGCUUGAAAAAAAUCUCGGUGGAACUACCAAUGAUGAAUUGUAUGGUUCUGUCAAAUCGUUGUUUCAGGAUAAACAGUUUCGAAAGCUCAUUGUGGAACAUUCACCGGGGUACUCCAAACUUGAAACCACUGAACAAUAUCGAUUGUUAAAGUUGAAAGCUACUAGAAACCCAUACGAUGACCUUCGAUACUAUAACUGGCAAUUCAGACAACUUAUAGCCAGUGUCAUAUACUAUGAUCCUCUUAGAUUUGAUAGUUGGUUACAACAUCUAGUGGACCAUAUACUUAGUACCAAGGACCAUCCAUUAUCUAGCAUUCAAGCCUUCAGCUGGUUCUUCAUGAAGGAGUACGCCUUAUUAGCCAUUGCGGUGGCAGUGUCCUUAUAUUUAACCAAAGGUGAGAUAAGAAAAUUAGUAGGUGCUAACCAGAAGAAGACGAUUGCCACCACAAAUGACUCCAAGAAGUCCACCUCCAAACUGUACACUUCUGAUGAACCGUUGCCCCGUGCCACACCUUUGUCUAUUACUCCGGAACAGGUGAAGAACUACGACGACAGACCUUGGAGACCCUUCAGAUGGCCAUACCACCAAACCAUGUCCAUUUUCAGAUUGGACAUCAACCAUUGGUUGGAUAUGGACAAAUACUACUGGAGAUAUAUUGAAGAGAAGCAACGGAUCUUCCAUACUUAUGGCAAGGAGAACGUUGAUUGCUUGCCUGAAGGAGAGGAUGCAUCACUAGAAUUGAUGGAGAUUGUGACUGAUCACAUGGUGGCCCGGUAUCCGUAUUUGUUUACGUUGUUGGAAGACAAGGGACCUGGUAAGGGGAAAAUCGUAAGAAACGAGAUGACGCUUGAGGUGUUGGAUAUGACUCAUCCCAUGAAACAACAUCCUUUAAUAUAUGUUAGUAAGAUGGCCAAGGAAGACUUUUAUUUGGUCAAACAAGAUGCUGUCACUGGACUUCAUUAUUUGGUGGCGGCCGCUGUGCCCUUCCCUGGGGGGUCAUUCAAGGUCUCGGAAAAACUAGGAAAGAACUUGGACAUCAUCCAUGCCGAGGUGCCUUACUACCACGAGAAACUCAAGAAAUCAAUGGAAAGAUGGUUUGAAAGACUCGGGCCCAAUGACCCUGUAGAGAGGGCUUCCUGGUACAUCACGUGGGACCAUAAGCUAAGAAUCAACAAUGUGUAUCAGAGCGAAGAGAACUUACCGGUUGUAGAUCCUACCGAGGUUGACCCUAAGGAUUUCGUGGUGAGAGUGGAACGUCAAACGUUGAGACGGCUACCCAAAUCUCGAGCCAUCAUCUUCACCAACCAUCCGAUCUUUUAUUCGUUGGAUGAAAUGAAAGAUGAGCCUUUGGUUCCUUCGUUAUUGAAGAAGAUCAUCUUUGAAGCCUCAGAGCCCUUUAUCAAGUAUAAGAACUUUAGUGUUCACAGAGACCAUAUUGGACCUUAUUUGGAUCAAUGUAUCCAAGCACAAAUUGAUAAGGGGUUGAUACAAGAGGAAACUCCCGUCAAGACAUUGCCUACGUAUCCCUUUGCUUAUUGGGCAGAAACAGACUUUGACUACGUCAAUGGCUGGACAUCUCCUCACACUAAAAAGGUAGACUACACCGAGAAGGCAAGCAAGGAUGUAUACAUAGGCAAUGAGUAA